GCUGCUGCCGCUGCUGCUGGUUAAUUGCACAUUCAAGUGGAAAAUUUUCGGGAGUCAGCAGAAACAUUGUAUCCAAAAAAGACAAAGUCGCAGUUACAACAACACCGAGGAGAUUGUCCCUGGAAAACUUCCUUUCGGUUUAUUUCCUUUAAGACUCCAGGCUUAGGCUUGGAGACCCCAGCCAUCACCAUUGAGCCCAGCAGCUGGAGCGGCAGCGAGAGCCCUGCCGAAGAUAUUGAAAGAAUGAGUGAUUCUGCAGAUAAACCUAUUGACAAUGACGCAGAAGGUGUCUGGAGCCCUGACAUUGAACAGAGCUUUCAGGAGGCUCUUGCUAUCUAUCCACCAUGUGGGAGGAGGAAAAUCAUCUUAUCAGAUGAAGGCAAAAUGUAUGGUAGGAAUGAAUUGAUAGCGAGAUACAUCAAACUUAGAACAGGGAAGACACGGACCAGGAAGCAGGUGUCUAGUCACAUACAGGUCUUAGCAAGAAAGAAAGUUCGAGAAAUUCAAGCCGCCAUUAAGGUGUCUAGUCACAUUCAGGUUCUUGCCAGAAGGAAAUCUCGUGAUUUUCAUUCCAAGCUGAAGGUAACAAGCAUGGAUCAGACAGCAAAGGACAAAGCACUCCAGCACAUGGCAGCAAUGUCAUCAGCUCAGAUAGUCUCAGCUACUGCUAUUCACAACAAGUUGGGCCUGCCAGGAAUUCCCCGUCCUACAUUUCCUGGGGCACCUGGGUUUUGGCCGGGCAUGAUCCAGACGGGGCAGCCUGGAUCCUCGCAAGACGUAAAGCCAUUUGUUCAGCAGGCCUAUCCUAUACAGCCAUCAGUCACAGCUCCCAUUUCAGGAUUUGAGCCUACAUCAGCUCCAGCUCCCUCAGUCCCUGCGUGGCAGGGUCGAUCGAUUGGCACAACCAAGCUCAGACUGGUGGAAUUUUCAGCUUUCCUUGAACAGCAGCGGGAUCCCGAAUCAUACAAUAAACACCUCUUCGUACACAUUGGACAUGCUAACCAUUCUUACAGUGACCCAUUGCUUGAAUCAGUGGACAUUCGUCAGAUUUAUGACAAAUUUCCUGAAAAGAAGGGCGGUCUAAAGGAAUUGUUUGGGAAGGGGCCACAAAAUGCUUUCUUCCUCGUAAAGUUCUGGGCUGAUUUAAACUGCAACAUUCAAGAUGAUACAGGAGCAUUUUAUGGAGUCACUAGUCAGUAUGAGAGCUCAGAAAAUAUGACAAUCACCUGUUCCACCAAAGUCUGCUCAUUUGGAAAGCAAGUAGUAGAAAAAGUAGAGACUGAAUAUGCAAGGUUUGAGAAUGGCCGAUUUGUGUACAGAAUAAACCGCUCUCCAAUGUGUGAAUAUAUGAUCAACUUCAUACACAAGCUGAAGCAUUUACCAGAGAAAUACAUGAUGAACAGCGUGUUGGAAAAUUUUACAAUUUUAUUGGUUGUAACAAACAGGGAUACACAAGAAACCCUGCUCUGCAUGGCUUGUGUAUUUGAAGUGUCGAACAGUGAACAUGGAGCACAGCACCAUAUCUACAGGCUUGUAAAGGACUGAGCAGUUAUUUAUAUAUAUAUAUAUAUAAAUAUAUACACAGUUCAUUUCACUUCUUUAUCAAAACACAGACUGUAAACCUCAACACUAAGUGGCAGUGCCUCUGGCCCAACUUUCACCCACAUUUUUCUAAAUCCUGUUUUAGUGAAGUCAUUUUUAAUGUGUUCAUAUAUAAUUGUAGCUGUGAAAUUCUGGUACAGUUGUAAAAAUUAUUUCUAAAACUAAGUGUUCUUCAAAUUUGUAAACCACAGUUCUUUGGGAAGACUGUAUUUAAGAACCUAAUGCCUCUGCCUGUGGAGGCCUAUUUUUAAUUCUGAUAGAAAAAUGUAUGACAGAGCAUUUGCCAUGGGGAAAAACUGACAGCAUUUAUAAGAAUUUAUUUUGGGUUUUUUUCCAACAUAAAAUACUUGUUUUACGAUGCAAGUGAAAUUGAAAUGAAUCUUUAGCUAUAACUGUAAAUGAGUACACAAAGUUAAUAAUCUUUAUAGAAUUAUCUUUGUAACUAAUUAGGGUGGAAGAUACGGACGAAUGUAAUUCACUAAAUUAUUUUUUAAAAUGAAACAUUUUUCUGUUUGAAACCAAAUGAAAAAUAUAGCCUUAAGAAAUGCCUGAUAGAAACAGACAGGUCCUCAAAUUAGGCAAAUUUUGUAUUUUUUUCUCAAUGCUGAAACUAAUCUUCUAAUCCAUUAAACUUUCAAACAGAUAUUGCAGAGAAAGAAAACAUCAUCCCUUAUCCCUAACAUAUCUAGUGUAUUUUAAAAGAAUAUAAAUUGUAUUGUACUAAUAUGAAAAUUUGAUUAUUUAAUGAAAAAGAUGGCUCCUUUUGCAAUAAGUAGGUAAAUACUGAAGAUUUAGACUCGCAUUAUACGUAGUCUUGUGUGCGCAGUUAUAUUUUAUAUGGACAAUUAUGUUUUCUAAUAAGUUGAAUGAAAAAAUUGCAACUGAAAUUAACAAAUGAAUGGAAACAACCAACAUUGUGACAACAUUGUAAUUUGUAAACUGAAAGCAAAACACAAAUGUGCUUGAGAGAAGAAUGCAUAUGCCUCUGAAAGGAUCAACAGCUUUAAUAUCUAUGAGAUGCUAGAAAAAUCACACCCAACAUCAGGCAAAAAAGAUUGGAAAGUGGAUGGGUUUUUUUCCUCCUUUUUCUCUUUAUUCAUGGUGCUCUUACGCCUCGCCCGAGUCCUCGCCAGUUGAUGCAAAGCUGACACACUUGGUACUUGUGAAGGCCUUCUAGUACUACGUAUUUGUACCAUGUGGGGUCUGAUGUCUUUCUUUUUGCCUGCAGAUGUGGUAAUAUUCAUCCUUCUGAUAAAUCAGGGAAGACUCCAGGAACUGAAGCACAGCUGGAGAUAUUUUAAUACUGUAAGGACUCAAAAUGUGGCUGUAGGUGUGAGUGAAUCUGAGGUACGCACAUGUCAGCUAAGCAGUCUCAUUCUUCCUGGCUAGGCCAGUUAGCGUUACUCAGCUUCUCUCCUUCCGCUGUGCACCCGGCACUGGCCUGUCAGUUCUCCAAGCACCAGUUGUCUAAACAGGUGUUCAGCCAGCAGCGCCUUCUCACGCACAACAUUUGUCUGAAAGGAUCGCGCACCACUUGGCCAACCAAGACACAUUAAAGAUCAGUCAUGAGACAGCCACAAAGAGCGUUCUUGGGAGGAUCUCUUGCGGUCAUGAAUCAAAGAAGUUAACAUUUGGUAAUGCCCUCGUCAUUGCCCUUUACCAGUAUGUGCCCAUGCGCAAUUAAAGUCUAGAAUUCACUCCCAGGCAGUGUCGUAGACGUCAAAAAAAAAGUCAGUCUUAAUUUUUGGGAUACUGUAUUUCUACAUAGUACCCUUUCUUAGAAUUGCCUAUUGUUGAAUUAUCAAGAUUAGAGCAUUUCCUAGCAGAGGUAGAGGGUUGCUAUAUGCCUGCAUCAGAUCCUGUUAAUGCUUAACACUGCUGAGGACUCACAGUAGAGGAAGCUACAAACAGCUAUGAGGGGAAGGGAGACCACUCAAAUUCCUUAGCCUGCUUCCGAUCUAAGUCUAGUAGGUGGAUGAUUGCUGUGAUGUCUAGCUGCUAUUUGUCUGUGGAUAUUAGGGCUGAUGAUCUUUCAGUUUAUGUUCUGUGAACUCAAAAAACAGAAAAAUAUGUCCAUGGUAAGGUCUCUUAACACUAACAAUCACAUCAGGAAAAGCACUGCAUUGUAACAGCCUAACGGUAGCCCUUUAUUCUAAGCACUUGGUGUUACCAGUCAAAAACUACUUUUUUUGUUUUAUUUCAUUCUAAAGUUGUCUUUUAUUUAGGGUUUGAAUUGUGGUUUUGGUGUUUUUUUUUUUUUUUUUUUUUUUAUAACAAGCAAACUUUUUAAGGCAUAUAAAGUAUGUAAGUCAAUUUGCAAAACCAGGUACAGUUUUUUUAAUAGAAUCUGGCACACUACGUAUGUCGUAACUAUAGGGUAUAAAAAGUCACAAUGUUUAUUGGUGUUCACAUAUGUAAUAUUAGGAAAAUUACUUCCAUCGUCUUUUCUUUACACUUCUGUAAAUGAUUCAUACCCUGUAUAUGUUGAUUCUUAAAAGCCUUAAAUCCUUCAAAUGUUCAGUGUGGGGUGUGUAGUCCAACAGGCUGCCUGUAAACUGUGAGCUCUUUUGUAAGCUGGAAGAAUUUAGCUUGUUACUGUUACUUUUUAGGAACCUUUUAAUUGAGAGCUGCCAAAGCAUUACAAUAUGCAGUGCCUUAGCGUUAUAUUAGAAGUAUCCUUAGCCUCUUAACAUAAAUUUUGUAUCUUGUUUUAUUAAUUGGUUCCAUUUUUAAAAGAAGACAUGUAUUUUUUCCCAUAGAAAAGCUCUUUGACUGCUUGGUCUAAACCAACCCUCAGUACAAGUCAGUCCCAUUACUACGCAGUUAAAUGUCUAUACCAAAAGGAAAGGUUACAGAUUCAUAGUUUUCCGUGAAAAGUGAAUUGUAUUAAUAAUGCUGCCUUUUUAAAUUUCAUGACCAAAUAAUUAACUAAUUGUGACUCUUCUGCACUCUAGCAUGAAAGUGCCUUUGGUUUGAAAUUCCAGCUUAGAAAAGUGCUGCCAUAAUAAUGACAAUUUGUAGAGAGACCAAAAAUACUUAGUUAUCACCGUAAUGCCUUUGGUUUAUUGGAAAAAGUUGAAACUACAGGCCUCCAUUCACAAAAGAGCACCAUUUAUAGCAAUGUAAUUUUGCUAAUGAUGAAAGUGCAAAAUGCUGGAGAAUAAUCUACUGUUUGCCAUUUCUGACAGCAUUGCAAACCAGCAACUGAUGUGUUUAUGCUAUAAAAAUGAAAAUGAUUCACAUUUAUAUUCUCUUCAUCCACUCGUGCAUCUGCAUAAUGUGAGAUCUAUAUACUGCAGAUUUUUGGACAGUGGACAAAUGUGACUUUAUUGUUCUCCUCUAAUAAUAUUUCAGUAUCUGUGAAGAUUUUUUUGUUUAAAGUUUGGUUUACAAAGUCAUGCAUGCUGAAAAUCAGAUGCAUAAAAUUUAAGGUGAAAAUGGAGAACAGACGAUAAUUAGGGUAAAUGCAAUUGCGUGUUUUUAAUAAGUACUGAAAUGUUAAGUGUGAGCAUUGCGGAGGAAGGUGCUGUUAGAGAAACUCUGGUCAGCACUAUUCAAAACACAGGGUUGUUUUGUUUUGGUUUUCUCCCAGGUGAUAUCUCCAUAGAAGAAAGUUAGUUAGCUCCUCUUAAAAAUGUGUCUGUAUUUGAAACCUUCUGUGAACGGGGGCCAUACUCAACACUACAACUAAAAAUGAUGGGAAGAGGAGCAAGAUUUUAAGAAAAAUAUGUUAGAAAGAACAAAUAUCAGCAAAACCAAAAGCUGUCAGAGGGAUUAUAUAGUUGUGAAUACGAUUUUAACUUGAUUUUUAAAGUAUUUGAUGAAAACGAAGAUUAACUUUUUAUAUAGAGAAAUAUUGUGACACUGUGUGGUAAAUAUUGUGAUAAUUCAAGUUCCCUGUCUCUAAAAUAUUAUUUUUCUUAUUCCUUCAAGGUCUAAAUUUCACUUACCUCUAUCACACAAGUAAUCCUGUUGAACUCAAUGAGAUCGAGGUAGGGCAAAGAUGAUUUCGCCCCACAAGUAGAGCAUGUAUUUUCAAUCAAUACAAAACAUUUCAACUGUCCCAGUCAAUAUUUGUGAUAAACUAUACUUCUGUCUCACUAAAAUAUUAAAAUAAGUAUAAUGGUACCUUUUGGGGCUGUUAAAAAUUACUACUAACAAAUGUAGUUUUAUUUACUUGAAUUCCAAAAUCAUUUAUAUAGGUACUACACCACUAUUUUGAAGGAAUUGCAGAUAUAAUGCUUGUUUCUCACUUUCCCUUUCUACUGCAGCUACAGCUCAUUAAGUUUGGCAGUAGCUUCUUCCGUUAAAAACUCCACGGUAUAGGCUUUUUUUAAUAAUGAAGGGUGUACAUUAAUGUUGAAUGUAAGUAACUGGCCAGUUCAAGGCAGAUACAACAUUUGACGUGCUAAUCCGUAUCUAUUUAUUUUUCCACUGCAACUCCUAGGGCAUACUUGCUUUCUGAAGUAGUCCCCUUAUAGUUUUCCCGGAUUCCUCAUACUGAGAAAUGUUUUGUCUACUCUUUACUUGACCCAUCCUGAUACAUGUAGUGCUGGCCACAGAGCGCACGUGAUAAGAGUCCAGUUUUGUACCCUUCUCAGGAUGAUCUCUUUCACCCCUUCUGUCUUUCAUAACAAGACAUUUAGCCCCCUAAAAAAAAAAUGAGGCUGGAUGAUUUCAAAGUACAAAGUGUUUUCACUUUGUAGAUCUUCAUCUUUUAACUUUUCAGGUCAGUCUUGCUGAGAUCAUGUAAUUAGUUUUAGUGUGUAAAUUAAAUCUUAAAUGCACUCAGUUGACAAAAAGGAGAUGGAUCCCUGUUACCUCCUUACAAAAUAUGUGGAUUUGUUUUUGUUUUGUUUUGUUUUAUGGGCCUCUGAUUCAGGCUCAUGACUGCAGACAAAAAAUACAAUAUGUGCCUGAAAAAAAAAGACAAAAGAAUUUUAUAACAUUAAAAACCUGAAUAGCCUUUAAUUCUUCAGUACAUUUUAUGUAAAACAGGUUGGGUUUUUGUUUUGUUUGGGGUUUUUUUGCCAUGUGCAUUUGUUCACAUUUGUAAAUGACUUAAUGGAAUUCUCACUUUAUGUUUAUUUGUGUAAUGUGUAUAAAAUGGGUUUGUGACUUAAGCAUAUUCAUAUAUGGUCAGUGGUUACUUUAAUAUUGUACUGCUGCUGGUAACUUUUGAUGUAGAACUUGCCUUUUGAUGAUAAAGUACCUCUAGGUUAGACAGGGAGGGAAGGCUCUUUGAAAAAAAGUGAAUGUUCUCCAAUGUUUUCUUAACAUAUUUGCAGAAGCUUUCAAAAGGAGUUUCAGUCAAACCUCUUGGCAGUACAGUAUUCUUGUAUUUGUUAUUGUCUGUGUGUAGGUACUGGUACCUUUUUUUGUUUAAAAUGUUUUAAGUGUUGGCUUUAAAGUGAAUUUAUCUUUAGUAUGAUAGUAAUAUGAAAAUUAUAGGUUUUGUGUGCAGAGAAUUUUUUUAUAAAGUGCUUUGUAAAAAAAAAAAAAUGUAUUCUAGCUUUCGCGGUACAUAUGUGUGAUAACUUUAAUAUCCAUGACAGUUAAGUGCAAUUAUUUCAUCACUCUAAAAAUGCUAUUUUUGUGUCGGUUACUGCAGGUGUUUUCAUGUCUUUGCAAAGUGACACAUUUUGAUGCCUUCUUGAUAAAGUGGUAGAAUUUUUGUAGCUUUCUAGAAACUUUGUAUUCAUACAGUAUCGAUUGAAAAUAAAGAAAAUGAAAGUG